CCUGUAUAUGAAACUCAGGCUUGAAGAACUGCAGUCCAGUUUCAUCAGUUGUCUGGUUUACUCCAGCUUAAUACAGCAUCAGUUGGUGCACUCCUGAGAGUCAUUGUAUGUAAAGAUGAUGUCUGCAAACGCCAUGGCUAAAGUAAUGAUCAUCGUGCUGGCAGUUUGUCUUCUUACCCAAACAGACGGGAAACCUGUUAGGAAGAGAGCUGUCAGUGAGAUACAGCUUAUGCACAACCUGGGCAAACACCUGGCCUCCGUGGAGAGGAUGCAGUGGCUGAGAAAGAAGCUGCAAGACGUACACAAUUUUGUUAGUCUUGGAGUCCAAAUGGCUGCCAGAGAAGGCAGUUACCAGAGGCCCAUCAAGAAGGAGGAAAAUGUCGUUGUUGAUGGCAAUCCAAAAAGUCUUGGUGAGGGAGACAAAGCUGAUAUGGAUGUAUUAGUUAAGGCUAAAUCUCAGUAAAUACUGAUCUAUUUCAGACAGUGCAGGGCAAUGAUAGAUGCUGCUACCCUUUCAAGCUCUAUGGUGACCACCAAGUGCUAAUACUUCUACUGUAAUGAAAAUUUGGAAUAUUUUUGAUUCCACUUUUGCUCAUUUAAGGUCUCUUUCAAUGAUUCCAUUUCAAUAUGUCUUUUAAAAGUAUCACACCUUUCCACUUCUCUCCUUAACUCUAAAUAAAGUUUUAAUGAUCAUGAAUCAAA